AUGAGCCAUGCCAUUGGCCACGUCACAUGGCGCGCUGCUUGCGGUUUGGUGCUGCUUGCAUGUCUUGUGCCAUGCGCCAGCGCAGCAGCAGUGAAGAAAUGGUCGGUGUUGGGACCCUUUGUCAUAGGGAAGAACGAGUUGGACGGCGAAGCCUGGCGCAGCUCCAACUCCUCCGAGCUCGGCGGCGCAGCGCUGAAGAAGUUCGUGGCGCAGAGUGGUGGCAGCGUCGCGGUGUCGUGGCCCGAGGUCGAUUGGCAAUCCUUGGUGAAUGGUGUGGGCGGUCAUGAGAUCUUGGAAUGGCAAGCCAGGGCGGUGGGUGGCUUCAAAACAGACGGAAGCAACGUCCACAUCAGUUGUCAAGGCGUAACAUCAUUCACCCUGGACGAUUCUCAGAGCUUUGUCGGGGAUCUCUAUUGGGCCAAGCUGCCUGCGCACGUGGUGAAGUUAAAGGCUGGGAACCAUCGCAUCUCGAUUCGCUUGCGGGGCAAGCUGCAAACACAGUUCGCUUGUCAUGUCGAGAAGCCGAGCUCCAAAUCGCCCCUGUUGCUCUUCGGUGACAGCUUCGCAGCCCUACCAGAUGUGAUCAGCUCGCCCGACGUUCCGCGAGGGAUCCAGAUCUGCGGCGAUCUCGGGCUGGGUUUGGCGAACCAGGACCCUGAUCGGUGGAUCAAGGAUUUGCGGCCAGUGCUGAUCAACAACAAAUUUCUGUCG